CGAGUAUUAUUUUGUUUAAAUGGAUUCAUCAUCAAUGUAUUUUUCAUUAGCUAUAUGUCGAUUUAUCCAUAAUACUCGUGUUUAAUAGGAGAAAUGAAUUUAAAUCAUAUAAUUGUCCCAGUUGAAUGCAGACGUUUACCCACUACACAUUUUUUAAUAUUAAUCGCAUUAAAUUUUGUGUCUAAGUCAUACUUGAAUUGUAUGAGGUGAGGUUUCUAAUUUCAUCCAAUGCAUUUGCAGCCAAUUGUUACCUUUCUAUUGAUGAUAGUAUUUUCUAAGCACUGGAUGGUUCAUUUGAAUUAUAUGAAAUAGUGCUUUCUUCUUUACCGAUCAGAUUGGCUUUUUUAAAUUAAUUAUUCCAUGACUAAAAAAAAAUCUGUCAUUUAGUGGUGCUAAUACUUAUUAUAAGAGAAAAUUGUUUUGAACAAAUUCAGUUAGGAGCCAAUGGAAUGCUUUUAAUAUUGAAAUUUAAUAAAAUUCAGAAAACAGAGUUAAUUGAUCUGGCAAGUGAAGCAUUCAUAUUUUUGAAACACAGCAAGAAUGCACUAAAAAAACCAUAAUACACUUAAAAAGUAUGUUUUUCAUUGAUAAUUCUAAGUGAAGAGUGGAACAGCACUCCCUGAGCACCACCGCACCUGAAACUCGUGGAAUGAAUAAGCCAGCAAGCAGCAGUUAUUCUAUAUCAAUGGGUUAUGUUUAAUAAAGCCAUCAUGGAAACAGGAGACACAGACAGUUUGCAGAAUGCUGAAAAAGAUGUCCACAUUCACAUGAAGCAUGCUUUCGAUCUUGUUGAAAGAAGCAAGCAGGAGAUUAAGCUGUUGGAUAACUGCAAGAAGGUGAUUUUAGUUUUAGGUGUUACAGGUACAGGAAAGAGUACAUUCACUCAAUGGAUAGUGGGUGACAAUUCCAUGUUGAUAGCAAAAGACAUGGGAUCAGGAGAGUUUUUAAUUUAUGACGUUGAUGAAAGAAUUGGUAGAUCAACAAUCAACUCAAAAACAAUAUUUCCUGAGCUUGUAGUAGAUCCAAUCACCAACAAUGUUUUUUACGACUGCCCUGGAUUCGGGGACACGAGAAGCACGGGUUACGAUUUGGCUACAACACAUUUCAUAAAAGUAGCAGCAGAUCAUGCCGAAUGCAUUAAAAUGAUAUUCACUGUAAGUUAUUCAUCGGUCAAGGAAGGAGAAAACAGAAAAGAUUUCAUGUCACUGAUGAGAAAUGCUUUUGAUUUUAUAAAAGACAUUGACCAAUUUCGACUAAGUAUCGCUCUCGUUGUAACAAAAGUUGAUAAUAUAGCUGUGAAGGAAGGGGGAAACUACAAGCCAGUAAGCGAUGAGUCAAUAAUCAAGUACGUGGCUGAUUUUUUAAUGCAUGUUAAAGAAGACUUGAAAAAUAGAUUAAAAUCAGAGACAAGCACAGAGAAAAAAUACCAUGAAGCUGCGAUCAAGAUCAUUGAUAUAAUGCUGUUCAAAAAUGGAAACCAAUAUACAAAAAUUGGAUUAUUCAGACGUCCUGAUGAAAAAGGACCUUUGAGCAAAAUUAACACGUGCCAGAUUGCAAAAAAUCCUAUAAAAAAGAUAAUCUUUGAAGAACUUGAUUUUACAUAUAAGAACAAAGAUAGCUUUGGGUAUGGCUUGUCUGAAAAAUUGAAGAAUGAUAUUUAUGAUUCAGUGGAAGAAAUGAGUACAACAUUGCGGAUGAAGUUUGAGGAGAUAGCAGAUUACGUACAGAAAUAUUUUCUCUCUUUAGAAAAAGAUAUUCAUAUUAAGUUAGACUCGUUUGCAACAGCCCCGGAGAAUGUAGAAACUGCCAUAAAGGAAACUCGUACUUUGUUAUUAAGAUAUAGAAGUAGCUCUUUUAUUAUUGCUGACAUAGCAGAAAGGAUAAACAAUUUAAACGAAGUGGAAGAAGUGAUACGGACAAUCAGUAAAGAAUUAUCUAAUCUGAAGAUAGCUAUUUCUGAUGAAAUUAAAUCACAAAUAAUCAACGAAGGAAAAUACUUGGCUUUUCUGGAAAUCCUUUGUGAAAAGAACUUAAAUACAAAGGGAUGGUCUGACAUAUUUCAAGUCACAUUAGCCAAUUUUGAUAUUUUUAAAAAGGAUCUUCAACUUUUUAUCCUUACUACCAAUGAUAAGAUUGGGAAUCGAAUAAGAAAUAGUCUUUAUAGUUUAACAGAAGCAAUGAAAGUCGAUUAUGAUAAAAAAACAAAAUCAUUAGAUGUCAUAAGCUUAAUUCAUAAGCUGCAAAAAGACCAGGCUACCUUAUAUGACAAAAUAAAUAAAAUAAAAAACACAACUGCAAUAUGUGAGUUGGUAGGAGCAUUUUAUGCAUGUGAAAAGGACUUAGAAAUUUGUAUACCUUGGAAAUAUCUAUCUAUUCUUUUAAAUUUAGGAAAAAGUAUCAAUUUUCUUGAAAACUUAAACAAAAAACAGAUAAACUCUGGAUCAUCAUCAUCAGCAUGGUCAGAUGCAUUGCAAGAUGUCAAUAAGUUUCUCCUUGAUUCUGAAGUAUUUAAAACGCGUUUAUUUAAACUCUACAAUGAACUCUCUGAGUACAAAGUACAAAAACAUAAAAAUUCUUUUAGCAUCAGAAAUAUUAAAAAUUGUAAACAGUUUAGUAAAGAUGAAGGGAAAGUUGAAGAAAUGAGCCAAGUUUCGAAACUAGCAUUCGAGAACGAAACUAAAAUUUCUUUUGUAGGAACUGCAAUGGUGAUUAAAGCUCAGUACAUAAGCCUAAAAAACAUACCAGAAGUGACUUGUGAUGAAGCUGUUACCUUUUCCGAUAAAAAUGAAAAUUUCUUUGGGUUGCAUAAGGAUAUGAAAACAGUUUGUUUAAUCGCUUCAAGUAAAAUAUUUAUUGAUCAAGAUGUACUUUUGAAAGGUAAAGGUAUAUCUGUUCUUUUCUUUGCACCAACAUGUGAGGUUAUUGAUGCUAGAAAGAUAGAUCUAAGCAAUGACGGGAAUAAAUCUGGAGGUUUUGUUUUUAGCGCUUGCUACAGGUUUUUAAAUUAUGAAAGCUUGACAAUUUUAACUCACAACAACCAAGAAGUCAUUCAAAGACAAUCCAAUUUAUUAGUUAACAUUAUUCCAGGCUUGCAGAGUAACGACACUAUGGAUAAAACCUUCAAUCAAAGCGGUGCGUUUAUAACUGAUUCCAAUGUGGGUUUUAUUGUUGGAAAUGUUUCAGUAGAAAGACUAUCCACACCUUUUUCUCGAAUCGUAGCUAAAUUAUUCAAACCAAAAGAAACAUAUACAGUUGAAAUUUUUGACCAUAAGGCAGGAGAUGGCGAUGAAAUAAACAUAGCAAGACCUGUACCUAUCUGUAAAGAUUUUGUUAGGUUCAUAACUUUGUUUAGACAUUUUUUGCUAUCAAAUAUAAGUGAUGGUUUUAAAAAAAAUUCUGUAUUUCAGUGUUUGAAACUUUUAGAUAACAGCGAAAUAAUUACAAAUGCUUACAAUGCAUUAGAAUUUCACAAUGAAUUCCUUCUUUUGGUGAAGGAACAUCCAAAACUCCAUAAGGAAAUAGACUUCAAUGGAUUUUAUCAAUCAUUACUGUAUAGAAUCGGCCACUUUAACUCGGAACUCAAUCAUGAUAACGAUCCUUGUGACAGCAAAAUAUUGCUUAGUGCUAUCAACUCUGCUUGUUCAGUAAACAUAAACAGCUUGCACUAUAGGCAUGACAGUUAUCUAACAAAUGAUAUUUACAGUCAUCUAAAGUUCAUGAAUGACUGUAUUAAAAUUGGAAAAGAGCCACAAACAGUUGAUGAUGUAUUAUUAGUUCUAAAUAAAAUUGCUGAUAAUAAUAGAAAAAAUAUUGAUGAAAAAAUACAAAUAAAUAGGGCUAUUAAUACUAAUUUUUGUAUUGAAAUUAAUGCAAUCAAAGGAAAGCAUGAUAAUGAAAUUAAUAAAUUGCUUGAUGAAAUACUUGUCUUGAAAGAGCAAUCCGAAAUGGAAAAACAAAAUUUUCUUAACAUGAAAGAGGAGCUACAAGAUUUCAUACAGUUACGCUGUGUGACAAUCACAGUAGAAAAGUUUCAUCAUAUUAUUGAUGUCUUAGAAAUUAUUGCAGUUGAAAUUUUGACUAUUGUACAAAAACAUGAUUCUUCAGUUUCAGGUAAUGAAACUACAAAACUGCCCUCCAGCAAAAGUAGUGCUCUUUUAAAGGAAGAAAUUAAAAAGAUUAAAAUUCAAAAUAAUGCAAGAAUGAUCAUAGAAUUAUUGGAAGAAAAUCCAAUAACAUAUAAAGCAAAAAUGGAUAUAAUGGCUAAUUCUUUCGAACAAGUUACAAUUAAUAUGCAAAUGCUAAAGUUGUUGGAGGAUAAAAUCUGUCAAUCGGUUAUACCAAUAUUGGAAAAAAUAGAAAUCGAUAUUGAUAACUCGAUGCAUAGCAAGGACGGAAAGACAAAGAUAUCGCUUGAUAUUGGUAACUGGAAAGUACAAGGUGUGUUAAAGGAUAUACAGUCUCACUUAAUAAGAUUAAAACAAUGGUUUAAAAUAAGUAGAGAUGUAGCUGAAUACAUUGAAAAACUAGAAGAAUCCACUAUUACAAUGAUUCAUAUAUAUAAUCAUUUGCUAAGUUUCAAAGAAAUUCAGCUUUUGAACAAAAGCAGAGCCAGUUAUUAUGCCGCCAUUGCAGAAAAUGUAAAAUUUUCUAAUCAAGAAUUGGCCACUGCAUUCCAAGAACUACGCAAAGUAAUCGAUAAUAGUUUUCUUUUAAAACAGUAUAAUGUAUUGAUGGAUGUUUUGAAGCAAUGGAUCUUUCCUUUUGGUUACCUUUAUGAAGAACAUUACCAUCUUCAAUUGUCAUCAAAUGGUCAAUGGUAUAAAUGUGUGUCUGAAGUCAGAAAAAAGUUAAAAGAAAUAAAAGAUUUAAUAAUAGACCAAAAAACAAACAUGAAACAUGAUUUAGUCAUUACUGAUUUUCUGAGUGGCUGUGUUUCGACUCGGCCAUUUUUUGUUUGGGAAAAUGAGCAAUACAAAAAAAUGAUAUCAAAAUUACUCUCUGGAGAGAAAGUUGUUGUGAAAGCAGAUAUUGCGAUGUCUCCAUCGAAUAAAUAUGCCAUCAAGUUGAUCCAUGUAGAUUUGUACUUUAGAGCGAGAGAUAAUGACACGCAAUCAAAACUGGAUGAAGCCUUAAAAAAAUAUAAAGUGAAAGCAACACAUCUAGGUAAUUCUUACUACAGGUGUGGUGACAGAAUUUACGUAAUUCCCACCGGCUGCUAUACAUUUGAAUGGUCUUUUGAAAAGUCAAGAAAUGGAGAAUCCAUAAAUAACAACAGUAUGUGUAUCAUGCUUCAAUCUGGGGGUAUAGUGCUAAGUCCAUAUGCCAUGUGGGAAAUAGAAUUGUUGUCAGAUGGAAACAAUUCCUUUCAAGAAUUGGACCUAUACAAAAACAAGGUUAAUUUGGAGCUAAUUGGAAAAGGAAGUUACAUUGAUGAAAAGAUGGACUUUUCUGAAUUGGAGCUUGGAAAAUACUACAACGAAUUUCUGUUCAAUUAACUAUUACAUAGUUGGAAAAUGUUAACUAAAAAAAAAAAAUAGCUGAGUACAGAUUUAGCAACAGCUCUUUAACAAAAUUGUUGUUUGGUUCAUCAACUUAGCCUUAUAUGUGCUGUGUUAGUACUUAAAUUAAAACAAAAUAAGUAACAGAACUUAAGUGAAUUGACACUUAAAAGUUAUUUUAACUUUAUUUUUAUGUGCAUUUAAGAUAAAGCUUGGAGCCAUUGUUUUAAAAAGCAUUUCUUUUUUAAAUUUUCAUAUAUAUUCUUGAAAAAUGUAUGACAGUUUCCUUACAAAAACACAUGAGUUUUUCUCUUGAAUUUGCAAUGUGAAUGUAAUUAAUAUUAUUCUUUUUUAAAUUUUGAUAAUUUAUAAAUGACAAAAAAGACAUUUAAUUAUAAAUAUAUUCUAAGGGUAACAAAAAUAACUACUGAUGUAACAAACAGUGAUUUGGCAGAAUGGCUAAAUACUCAGCCAAAAAAAGAAAAAAAAUCACUAAAAUCGCAAUUUUUAAAAAAAAGUCAUUAAUAAAUAUUUAGUUUUAUUAUUGGCAUGGGGUUAAAGGGAAAAAACCUUUAAUAGAAAUGUUUAAGAUUACAAAGAUAAUUAGAUAUUAAGAUAAUUAGAAAUAUUUAAGAUAAAUAAAAAAAUAACAGCUAUUAAAAAGAAGUUAAAGUUGAAAAAGAGAAAUUCCAUAAAACAUUUAAAGAGAUCAUGUCUAUCAGAAACGCUUUUAAAAAUGCAGCACUAUCAUAAAUUUGCCCAUAGAAAACAAAGAUUAUAUAAAAAAGCAAAAACAGAAAAAAUAAAAAUCGUUCUUAAUUUUUGAAAGAAAAUUUUCGAGCUAAACAUUUCAGUUUUCCAGAUUAAGGCAUAAUAGAAACCCUCUUGAUUACUGCCUAAUAAUAAAAACAUCUAUGAAAACAUAAGUUUUUUUGAAAAAGAAAAGCUAGAUGGAAACCAAAACAAAAAUUGUUUUUCAAAAUCUCUUUUUAACAUUGCCGUAUUUUUCGAAAAAAGUGACCCUAAAAAAAUAACGGUUAUAAGAAAAGCUCUUUGAAAAAUCCUGAUAAAAAGAAAGUUUAAUAAAAAAAAAAAUUUAAAGAAAAACAGGAAGAAAAUUGCUCUUAGUUCUGAACUUCAACAUUGAGAAUCAAAGUUUUCUAUGUUGUCAUUUAUCUGUGUUACGAUACAAGAAAAUAAGUGACACUUAAAGAAUAAAGUCUAUUAGAAGUGCUUCGCUUUAGUUAAAACAGAAAAACAAACAAAUAGAAACAAAAUUUCUCAAUUUUUUAAACAUGAAGUGAUGAAAGAACGACACAAUUGUCUUGCCUGAAUAUAAUGAAAAUAAAAAAAAUCAGCAUUGCAAAACUCUUGGUUCAAUGUAAAGUUAUCUAGUUUCAAUUUUUCAGCUUUCAACUGUGGGCUGUAGCUUAUUAUAUUUUGAUCCUUAAAAAGAUGCCAAAUUCCUUUUAUGAAGUUGAACAAAACUUUAUGUGGCUUUUCUCUUGCUGUAAAAAAAAAAAAAAAAAAAACUUGCUACAAGUAAAGAAACUACUUGUAGUCACCCCUUUUCUCACAGUUUGAAGUGUAGUGCACUACUUAUCGAAAAACUAUUUCUAGCAAUUUUUUUCAACUACUCUGAAUGCUAGUUUAGUAAGGAAACAAAAUUCAUAAGCAACUCAUUUUUUAGAUGUUACGAGAGUGUAUCAGGGGUCACUGGUCCUCUGUGUUAUGUUUUUAACACAAAUAUUUAAUAAGUUUUUAUCUUUGAAAUAUAUAUUCUCUGUCACAUAAAAAGUUGUAGGUUGAAAGAAAAGUUUGAACAAAAUAAUUGUGUGUUCAUUUUUUACCAAUUUUUUCUUUUGAAUUUUGCUAUUUAAUUGUAAACAACAUGUGCUGCUUCUUUAUAAAUAUGAGUGCAAAUUGAAUCCUCCAGCAAAAUGUGUUGCCUAAAUAGUUAUAAUCAUAACAAUUGAAUGAUUUGAUGAAUUAACAAUGUGAUGUAAUAAAAAUAUUGGUCCCUUACUUUUAAAGUUGUAUAAAAUAUAAGAAUAGAAAUUUCACUUUAAAAUCAUGAUUGUGUUGUUAACAGUGAAUUUGGAAUAAAUGUGAUCUGCAGUUUUUUGUUUUGCAGUAAUACUAAAUAAAAGCUUUUCUGUCUUUUGUAUUACAAUGUGAAUGAAAUUCCUUUUUCAAUAAAUUUUGACUAUGAAAGUGAA